AACCUCUUUGUGGACUGUGGCCGCGCUCUCGGGCGCCCCCUGGUGGCCAUGGGCGGAGCUCCGCGGGCUCGCGGCGGUCUGAGCUCAGCUGACUGCCCGUCUGUCUGAUGGCGGUGAGCGGCCCGGAUCCACCCAAAGACUGUGCGGCAAAAACAGGCGUCUGGCGCUCAGCAGCGCCUCUAAUGAGCGGCUGCGCGGGAAGGAGAGCCAUGAGUCACGGCUGAGCUCUAACAGCAUGUCGUUCAAGGACAUGAACUUUUCCUCCAUCAAAGUCAGAAUCUGCAGGUGACGCAGCCUCACACGGGGAGCUGAUUGGUUGAUAGAAGGAAACCCCGCUGGCCAAUGCUGUGUUCUGGGCGGCAAAGGGAGGAAACCUGGCUCUGCUUCAGCUGCUGCUCAACAGCGGCAGAGUGGAUGCAGACUGCAGAGACAGCGCUGGGACAACAGCCCUCAUGGUGGCGUCUCACAGCGGCCAUUAUGACUGUGUCAAAGAGCUGAUCAUGCAGGGAGCAGACAUCAACUAUCAGAGAGAGACAGGUUCUACUGCUUUGUUCUUCUCCUCCCAGCAGGGCCAUCAUGAUGUGGUAAAGCUCCUGUUAGAAUUCGGUGCCUCCACUGAAUUCCAGACAAAGGACGGCGGCACCGCUCUCACUGUGGCCUGUCAGUGUGGACACCCUCAAGUCCUGGACUUGCUGUUGAGGAAUGGAGCCAAUGUGCACGACAAGCUGAAUGAUGGAGCCACGCCCCUCUUCCUCGCUGCCCAGGGGGGUCACGUGACCGUCAUUCGUCAUCUUCUAUCAUGUGGGGCCAAGGUUAACCAGCCUCGAGAGGAUGACACCACACCUCUGUGGAUAGCCGCUCAGAUGGGCCACAGCGAGGUUGUCAAGGUGCUGCUGUCACGGGGAGCAGAUCAGGAUGCUGAAGGACAGGAUGGGUCAACAGCUUUAUUCAAAGCAGCUUUAAAAGGACACAACGGCGUGAUGGAGGAACUCCUGAAGUUUUCUCCGUCUCUCGGCCUUCUGAAGAAUGGCUCCACUGCUCUGCAUGCUGCUGUGAUGGGGGGAAAUGUUUCCAGCGUUCAGCUGCUGCUGGGGGCCGGCGCAGACCCAGCACUACCUGACAAGGUGAGCGGUCACGCUGCCCUCAGGUGGGUGGAGCUGCCUGGGUUUCUUCAAGCUUUUCCUCCUGUUUAUCAUGCAGAACAACAAACUACCUGCAGACCUUACAAAGAACCAUCGCAUCCUGAUGCUCUUAAGCCAGAAGAGUGUGAAUGAGGGGAGCUGAUGACUCCUGGUGUCCACGCUGAGGAAGACCUGCAGAAGAAUCACAGCAAAAGAGAUCAGUUUAGCUGAAAUACAGCCGCAUGUAAACAGCUGAUGUGAACGUGCUGUCGCUUCCGGUCUGUUUCAGCACGAGUUACACAUUAUUGAUCUGAAUAAAACAGUCAAGUGUG